AUGCGGGCCACGAAUAUCAGCCUCGGUCUUUUGCUGGCCGGAAUGACCCUAGCGUUCAACAACCCUACCUUCCUAACGCCUGUGUUCCCAGUGCCUCUGAAUCUGGGAACAAAUGAAGCAUGGCACUCUAUCAGACAAACGAUUACUUCCAAUCUCACCGGUGCCAUCGCCGCCGCCAACGGUGGAGCGGGUGCAAAUUCCCUCGCUAUUCGAGCAACCUCCGUGAAGGAAGACAGCCCUUUGUUCGAGUUCUAUCACACGGCCAAGUCGGUAUCCCCGGCAGGUGUGCAGACAGUAGGUGCAGACACGGUAUUCCGCGUCGGAAGUGUCUCGAAGCUGUUCACUGUCUACUCUCUUCUUGUUCGCGGCGGCUUCGACGUAUUUGACGACCCGGUGACGAAAUACGUCCCUGAGCUUCGAGAGGCAGGUCUGAACUCCAACUUCGAUCCACUCGAAGAUGUCAGUUGGGAAGAGGUCACUGUUGGUGCUCUGGCAAGCCAGUUGUCCGGCAUACUGCGUGAUUAUAACCACGCCGACUUGUCCACUCAGGGCGUACCAGUUGAGGCAUUUGGCCUGCCGCCUCUUCCACCACACCAUAUUCCGAAAUGCGAUGGAAACGAGUCCCAGCCUCCAUGCACUCGCAAAGAGUUUCUUCAAGGCCUACAGGGUCUAGACAAGCAGCCACCUGUCUUUCCUGUAUGGGCAACGCCAUCAUAUUCGAAUGCCAAUUUCCGAAUUUUGUCCUACGUCUUCGAGAGUAUCACAAAUAUGAGCUUUGCAACAGGGGUAGAAAAAGACGUCCUUCGGCCCCUUGAUCUCUCAAACACGUAUACUAUCAAACCACAAGACAGCGUUGGGAUAAUCCCAACGGGAGUCAGUUUAUGGGGUCAAUUCCUUGGACAAGACUUGGCGGAUGCGGGAUUUUACUCUUCGGCAAAGGAUCUGUGCAAUUUUGGUCGCGCAAUUUUGGAUAGCUCACAGCUGACACCGGCGGAGACAAGACGGUGGUUAAAGCCACAUUCGCACACGGCGUCCCUACUGCUUUCCGUGGGUAUGCCCUGGGAGAUCUAUCGGCAGCAAACAGGCGAACAUGUUGUCGACUUUUAUACCAAGGACGGCAGCUACGGCGCCUAUAAUUCGAUAUUAAUACUCGUACCUGACUACGGCAUGGUGUUCAGCGUUUUAACAGCAGGCCCGGAUUCCAAUCUGGUGAUUAACGCUGCUGAAAUUGUGCGACAAAACAUCAUGCCGGCCCUCGAAGCAGCCGCGAGAAAGCAGGCAAAAACUCAAUAUGAAGGGAAGUAUUGCCUCUCUUCCGGUGGACAGAUGACAGAUCUGAUUGCGCUGUCGGUCGAUGACGGAACAGGGCUUUUAGUGGACAAGUGGAUCAGUAAUGGUCAGGAUUUUCUGGCUAUUGCUUCGCAAUAUGCCGAAGAUACAGGUAGUGGGCCACUGCAGACAGUCCGACUCUACCCUACCGAACUUCAAGCCGCGGGAAAGGUUGCAUUUCGGGCGGUAUUCAACACUUCUGGUGGGCGAACUGGUGCUGGUGCUCCUCGGCUGUUUUCUCCGGGCGUGGAAGCGUGGAGCAGUGUUGACAACCUGGUUUAUGGACAGAAGCCAAUGGAUCUGUUUUUGUUCGAUAUCGACUUCCAUGGCGUGGCGCGGACGGUUGAAUGCAGCGGCUUGAGGAAAGUACUGCCAAAGUGCUAG